AUGUCUGCAACCGCUGGUAGAGUCGUCCGUGCCGGUUCUGCCGCCGUUCGUACCGUCGCCCCUCUCAAGUCUAACAAUGCCGCCGAGGCUCGUAUGUCCGUGCUUCAGGCGUACAAAGAAUUCCAACGCCUGACCCCAAAAUUCUGGUGGGACUUUGGUCUUCACGACAUGCCACUCGGUGUCUUCCGCGCUGUCAUCAAGAAGCAAUUCACCAAGAACGGGCAUCUCACCGACGUUCGUGUCGUUGAUAGACUUGUCGGGGAGACUAAUAUGCACAUGGAAUCGAUCCGCAUGGCGUACUACAACCCAGACCACGUCCGCAACUACCUGUUCGCCGAGAACGUCGAGGCGAAACCCAAGGACUUCCUCUCCAAAUUCCUCAACGGAAAAGAAUAG